AUGCCCAUUGUUGACAAUAACGGGGGGCAAUCAGUUAAUUCUUGCCCCUCCGAGGCCACCCCACUUCUGCGCAAUGAUUCUGUCCACCAGAAGACGAAUUACCACGAUGUCUCGUAUUCGGCGACGGAUAUUGAGUCAGGAUGCUCAUCCAAUGAUACGGAAGAAUAUGCUCGCACUCGCUGCUUAUCCAGUAUAAGCUCUGCAUCUGAAGGUCUUGAUGUUGGGGCGGCAUCUAUGGCUGACUCCCCCAAUCAAGAGCUCAGAAUCCUCACUCAAGAUGAGAAGAAUUACGCCGCGAGGUUCAUUGAUAUCUCGCCGACAAGAUUCUGGGUCAUCUUUAGUGGCAUAAUGAUGGGCUAUAUGAUCGGCUUCUUCGACUCGACCCUCAUGGCCUCCAGCCAUCCAGUCAUCACCUCCUACUUCAAUGCAGCCAACUCAGCCUCCUGGCUAUCGACGGCCUUCUUGUUGACUUCGACUGCAUUUAUGCCCCUAUUUGGACGUAUUUCUGACGCUUUUGGCCGGAAACCUGUCUAUCUAUUCUCUAUCGCCAUGUUCUUCUUCACGACGGCUGGCUGUGGCUUGGCGCAAAGUAUCGGCAGUUUUAUUGCUGCCCGCGCGCUUUGUGGGCUUGGUGCGGGUGGUGUCUUCUCCAUCGGUCAAAUCAUAUCAAGUGACUUGGUACAUCUCGAGUAUCGCGGGGUCUACCAAUCAUACAUCAACCUGUGUCUCGGCAUCGGUGGUAGCCUCGGCCUUGCCUUUGGGGGUUACCUGUGUGAUCAUAUCGGCUGGCGGGGUGCAUUUCUCAUCCAACUGCCUUUCAUCUUCGUUUACUUUAUCGCAGCCGCUUGGACAGUCCCGGCCGACCUCGGCAUUAAACAAACUGAGAUGGAGCGCAUGAAAAUCUGGCAGUUGGUCCGGAGCAUCGAUAUAUUGGGAUCAUUCAUCUUGAUUGUAUGUGUGACUCUGUUGAUCGUGGGACUGAACUUUGGGGGAAAUGUCUAUCCUUGGGGCCAUCCGCUUAUUGUCAUCUCCCUAUCUUCAUCGUUUGUCCUCGCAGUUAUCUUAGUGCGCUACGAGCAACACGUCCCGCGACCUGUGCUACCAAUUGAGCUCAUGUCAAAGAAUCCCCGAGCCAGUAUCAUUUUUGGUAAUUUCUUUGCAUCCAUGUCUAUACAUACUGUGUUAUUCAACGCUCCGCUGUACUUUCAGGCAGUGAAGCUGACCAGCCCAACUGCUUCUGGUCUACGCCUUAUGGCCUCCUCCAUAGCCGUCACUAUCUCUAGUGUGAGCACCGGGUUCAUGAUUAAUUGGACUAGACGUCUCCAACCUUUCGUCAUCAUUGGUGUUUUUUUCAUGGUGAUUGGCGGAUUUGCAGCGGCAUCCAUGGGCGUUGACACCUCUCAACCACUCUCUAUGGUCUGCACCUCAUUGUCCAGUCUAGGUCAGGGCUUCGCAUUUCCCAGCCUGAUGGUAGGCAUUCUCGCAACCAGUGAGAAACAAGAUCAGGCCGUCGCAACAACCACACUGGGGCUGUGGAGAAGCUUGGGCGCCGUGAUGGGUGUGGCUGUCAGCAGCUGGAUCUUCCAGAAUAGUCUCAUAUACCACCUUAACAACAAUGUGACUGGUGUUGAGAAAAACUACAUCAUUUCACUUGUCCGCAAAUCCGUUGGUACCAUUGCUCACUUGGAUCCAAUUCAUCGGCGUGAAGGUGUGUUUUAUUUCUUUUGCAGUGCCGACUCAAAUUGA